AUGAAGAUUCUUCUGACAGAUGAAAUUCCAGUGUACCAGAGACCCAGACGUUUACCGUUCGAGGAUAAUGAGAAAGUUGUUAAGCAGAUCAAGGAUUGGCUCAAGGAAGGAAUCAUUCGCCAAAGUGUUUCGGAAUACGCCUCUCCCAUUGUCCUGGUGGCCAAAAAGGAUGGCACUAAACGGCUCUGUUGCGACUAUCGGAAAUUGAACCAAAAGAUUAUUCGCGAUAAUUUCCCUAUGGCACUGAUUGAUGACGUUUUGCAGAAGCUUCAAAAAGGAAAAGUAUUUACAACAUUGGAUUUAUCAAAUGGAUUUUUCCAUGUCCCCGUACACGAGAGUUCCAGAAAAUAUACCUCAUUUGUCACUCAAAGCGGACAGUACGAAUUCUGCUUCGUACCAUUUGGAAUUUCCAAUUCUCCAGCUGUGUUCAUGAGGUACAUAUUUGCGGUGCUCAGACCAUUAAUUGAAGACGGUACUCUGAUUUUGUACAUGGACGAUCUGAUAAUUCCAUCAGAAGAUGAGCGUGAAGGACUGGAGAAAUUUAAGAAGGUUUUGAGUGUAGCACAAGAGUCAGGUCUACGCAUUAAAUCUCCAGUAUUAAAGUUAUUCGACCAAAAGAGUGCCACAGAAGUGCAUUGUGAUGCAAGCAUGUACGGAUACGGAGCUGUGCUCUUGCAAAAAGAUUCUGUUGAUCAAGAAUAUCACCCGGUGGAGUACAUGAGCCGCAAGACAACAGAAACUGAAGAGAAAUAUCCAUCUUAUGAGCUAGAAGUACUCGCUAUACUACAGGCUUUAAGGAAGUGGAGAAUUUACUUGCUCGGAAAGAAGGUAAAGAUAAUAACAGAUUGCAAUGCCUUUGCCAUGACAAUGCGCAAAAAUGAUGUUCCCGUAAAAGCUCAACUUCAGGAUGAGUGGAUAAAGGCUGUUGUGAAAGUUUUGGAGACAAAUACCUAUGACGAUUUCUAUCUCAAGCACGAAAUUCUUCACAAGGAUCCGAUAAAAGAGCUUAUCGUAAUUCCGUCAGCCAUGGAAGUCGAAAUGAUCCGCACAGCCCACCGACAAGGACACUUUGGCGUAAAAAAGACGAUCGAUCUGGUUCAGCGUGAUUAUUAUGUCCCAGAACUAGAUAGAAAAGCUCAAGCAAUUGUGAAGUCUUGUGUAGAAUGUAUAGUUGGUGAGGCGAAGUAUGGGAAAAAGGAGGGUUAUCUUAAUACGAUAAACCUUUACAAACGUACCAUAUCGACCACCACUGGCGCCGAUGAGGUCGUGGACAGACUACAAAGGCAAUCGGAAGUAUUCGGUAAUCCAAGCCGCUUGAUAAAAGAUCGAGGAAGAGCGUUUACAGCGAAUGUCUUUGAGGAAUAUUGCAAGGAUAACAAUAUACAACAUUUGUUAGUAGCCACAGGAGUGCCCCGCGGCAACGGCCAAGUUGAGCGUAUCAACCGGAUCGUCAUCACCCUACUGACCAAACUUUGUGCAGAAGACCCGAAAGCCUGGUACAAACACACUAAGUACGAUACUGAUUUGGGAAAUUUACUGGAAGAAGACUAUUUAGUCGAGUUGCAAGAAGCAAAAGAAAAUAUUCGUCGAGAAGCCAAGGAAAAUACCUCAAAGAUUCAGGAUGAAAAUCGCAAGACAUACAACAAGUCUAGGAAACCAGAAACAGACUAUAAAAUUGGGGAUUUAGUCGCUAUCAAACGGACGCAGUUUGGAGCCGGUUUGAAGUUGAAGAAGAAGUUUCUAGGACCCUAUGCCGUUACACGCAAGUUGAGACAUGGAAGAUAUCUCGUGGAAAAGGUUGGAGAUGAUGAAGGCCCUAUCAAGACAAACACAGUUGCGGAAUACAUGAAACUAUGGUCGCCGUCAUUCGGGACGAAUGAAUUGUCAGAAUAG